CGAGCGCCCGCCUGCGCCCGCCAGCACCCGCCAGCACCACCACGACCCACCACGACCCACGGCUCGCUCCAUGUAACCGCGGCCAUGGCCACUCUCGCAGCACACGACCAGGAAAAUGCAGUGCGCAGCCUGCAGCUCGGGCCUGCCGGAAAGCCGCUGGCUGCCGGCGCAAAGAGCCUCGGCGCCAAAACACCGGGCAACAAAGCCCCCAAGACGCCGUUCAAGGUCCCGCUCAACGACGAGAACGUCUUCACCAAGGCCGGCAAGGGCGAUGGAAAGGGCAGCCUGGUCAUGCCCACCAACAAGGGCGGCAAGCUCGAUGCCAGCGCCUUCGUCACCCCGGCGGGCCCCCGCAACCGCGCCCCUCUCGGCGCAAAGACAACCAACGCCAAAGGCAAGGCCUUCCAGACGCCUGCGCCGCUGGGCUCCUCCGCCAGAACCCUCAAGGCAAGCCCGCGCCUGCGCCGACCCAAGGUCAAGGUGCACCAGCCCGAGGUCGACGCCGGGUCCGAGGAUGACGUCCCAGAGAUGGAGUACAUGCCGCCAAAGGAGGUCCCGCUGCUGGACGACAUGGACGACUACAUCCCCAGGGACUGGGACUUGUCCAUACUCUCGGGCCCGGACGCCAUGCGCGGCAUCACCAGCGCGUACCACAACCCGACCGAGGACGACGGCCGCACGAGGGGACAGCGCGAGUUUGAAGAGAGCCUGGAGCGUGACCGCAAGAAGAGGGACGACGAGUUUGACCGCGUCUUUGCAGCACAGAUGGCCCAGGACGAUGCCGAGACCAGGCGCUACUUUGGCAUCACGGAGCCCAGGAAAGAGGCGCCAGAGCGCAGGAAAGAGGCGCCAAAGCCCACGGUCAGGGCGACUGCAACUGCUCGCCCGGCUACCGGUCUCUCGACAAUGCGCGCCCGCUCGGCAGCCACCGCGCUUGCUCCCACAGAUGGUUCUACGCCCAGGGUUGGUGCCUCGACGGCGGCGGCACGCGUACCGACUGGGAUAGUGUCGGGCAGGAAGACGUCCAAGACCCCUGUAGAAUCUACAACGACCCGCCACGCCCGCCACGCAUCUGCUUUGGCGUCGUCUAAGAGCACCAUUGGCUACGCCCAAGGCCGCGCAGUGCGCUCAGGCUCAGCCAUGCGCCCGCCCCUCUCAAACGUCACCAAGCCCGUUGGUCCCAGUGUUUCCACUGCCAGGCGCGCGGGCAGCACAAUGCCGUGUUUUGCAACUGGACACCAACGCACCGCCAGCGCUGCGGCUUCGACCAGGCCGCAGCGCGAGCUGCAACUGUUGGCUCUCCAGGACGACAUGGGCGGCGACGACGAGUGGCUGAGCAGCUUUGGCAACCAGCUGGGCCGUGUCGACGCGCUCGAGGACGACUAUGCAGACUUUGAGCUGCAGCUGCCCGAGGGCAUUUGAAGGCAGUGGUCAGCAAGACCGGCGCCGUUGCUUGUGGGCUAGACCAGACUGUCUUUGACUGUGUGACGAUGGAGGCCAGAUUGUUUCUUUUGUAUGCUUCAUGACGAUUCUGGAGUUUUGUUUGGAUACCUCUGUUUGUUUUUGUUUCCACCGACCGGGGAUGCUCUUGAUUCCACCGACCCGGGAUGCACUCGAUUCCACCCACACGGGAUGCACUCGAUUCCACCCACACGGGGAUGCUCUAGAUUCCACCCACACGGGGAUGCUCUGGAUUCCACCCACACGGGGAUGC